AUGUCCGGCCAGGACAACACGCGUGCGUAUGGGGUCAAGUCCUCUAAGCAAAACAGGCGCGGCUUCAUUUGCCCGCAAUGCAAUGCUAGAUUCAAUCGCUUGGCUCAUCUACGACGUCAUGAGAUGACACACGGCGGCGAGAAGCCGUAUAACUGUCUGUACUGUCCCGUAGCCUCGUCGCGGAAGGAUGUCAUCACUCGUCAUACCAGAAAUUUGCAUCCUGGGGCCGCCAACACAAAUGCGGCUGGCUAUCGCGGCAAGCGCCGAAACCAUUCUGAUUCCGUAGAUCCUGUCACUGGCAAUCGCCCUUUGCGGGCAUCAUCCACGAGUGUGACCGGAGGGAACAACCGAAACUCAGAUGGGCUCGGCGAUUCAACAGAGGAGCCACAAGAAUCUCCCGGAAGCCGAGAGGUGAAUGGUUCCCAAGCGAGUCAGGAGAAUCCGCUUGACGUCCUCUUCUCGUAUACAGAAAUAUUCCCUUCCUGUCUUCAAGAGAACCCUAUGGGCGUUUCUAGUUCCUUGGUGGAACCAGACCUCCUCAACUCCAGUCUUUCCGAAAUUAUCGGCAUUGACGCCCUGCUAUCAAAUGCUCACGAACUCUUGGGUGGAGUGUCCAACCACAAUGMCAGUGACCUUCUGGCGUCGGUCCCAGAGCAACCAAGAACGAAUUUACCGGAUCUGGGCCACAACGUGAGUGCAGCCCAACGCACCUGGCUUGCAGACGACGAGGCUUGUGCAACUGCUUUGGCAAACAUUGCCAAGUACCCUGCCAAUCUACUUGCUUCUCUUCGAUUCCCCUCCAAAUAUGCAGUGAGGCGGUUCGUGAAAGCUUUCUUCGAGCACAUUGCUACCCAUAUACCGAUUGUGCACGAGCCAAACUUGACAUCGCUACGGUACCAUCUGAGUCUCAUGACCGAUAGUGGUGAGGCCAUUCUUGAUGUUUUUGUCUAUCUAGCCCCCCUUUUGCUCGCUAUGAUGGCGUGUGGCGCAGUUUAUCUCAGUGAGCACUCCGUUGCUGUCUCCAUGCACGCUGUUGCUAUGCAACUCAUCCUCGAGGUAGGCCAAGGAGCCGGUAAACGCCGAAGACGCCGUGUUUAG